AAACAAAAAAGGCAGCGCAAAACAAAACACGUUUGUUGCUUAAGCUCCAGCGCUUGCCGAUCCAAUCAUUUUCUGGCUGCACGGCUCAGAGUAAACUCAAUUUAAUCCAGUGGGCACUGUGAAAACCACUUUUGUGCGAGAAAGUCAUUGUGUGCUGGCGAGCGCGUGAAAGCAGCAGGCAAAUGUGAAAAUAAACAAACGAAUACUUUUUGUGGUAAAAAUGCGAAUACUUGGCGAAAAAGAAUAAAUAAAUAGCGAAAAAAUAUAUCAACGCCGAUCGGAAAAGAAUGACCUAAACAUCCUAUAAUCAGCUUACGUUAGCAUCCCGGACAUUGACGGUAUUCCCGUUUAAUCUAUUUGGAAUCAUUUAAGAUCGGACGCUUCUGCUACAACAACAGAGCAAAUUAGAAGCAACAAUAAUAAUAACCACUUAUCAUCAUGAUACUCAUCUCUACGCUAAUCGGCAACUGGGAAAAACUAACAAUCAGCGGUCAUGCCAAUCUGGUGGUGCUGAUGUUUCUCUUCAUGGUUUGCGCCUUUGAAGUGGUCCUGCUGAAGUUGACCACUACCGGCUCCAGCACAGUCAACGUAUUUGGGCGCAGCGAUGCGGAUGAUGAUGAUUCGAGUGAGUACGAGGAGGAUAUUUACUAUGAAGACUUGCGCAACAAUUAUGAACACUGGGCUCGAAGGCAAAUGCGUUAUCGGCAUCGAAUACAGCGGCAGGAACAGGAAAUGCUACAUCAAUUUUAUGCACAACAACAGCAACGACGACAAGAAGCAAAUAUUUGCUAGAAAAAGGAAUAGAGUGCAUUUGGAUGGUCGAAAAAUACGAAGUAUUAUAUAAAACAAAGAAGUAGAACAGUGGGUAGAACAUAACAGUGCUGAGGAACAUAAAAAUCGACUGAACAAGCUAAUAUUUAAAUUGCGUAAUUUAAAAUUAAAACAAUAACUUAAGAUAUAAUUAUGAAAAUCAUGAUUGUUUAAAAAAGAAAUCUAGAAAUUUUGUAAUGUGCAACUUGUAUGCAUGACAAGUGCAUAGAAAUGAAAGAGUUCAUAAAAAAUAGUUAAAGUGAUAAGGCGCAUUUAAUGGCACAUAAUAAGAUACUUUCUGGGUAUUUAUUAUUAACCUUUUCGGUUCACUAUUUAUUGUAUUUUUAUUUUGUAAUAUUUUACUUUACAUGAUUUCUUAAACAAAUUUUGUUUUUGUAUAAAGCCACAAAGUAAUGAGCAAACUUAAGUAAAGACGUAUUUACAUUUAACCAACCACAUUUAAAUAUUUGAGAAUUGCAAUUAAAUGGAAAUAUUUUUUUUUUGUUUUUUCUCA